AUGUCAACCUCGACCGGCGGCGAGCGCAAGGUCUCUGGGCCACUCGGUCGCUCUGCCCGACCACGCAUCGCAGACCUGGGAUCCACGCCCGAGACACCGCGCACGCCACUGCUACGCUCCUUCUCCUCCACCUUUGGCUCGCCUGGUGGCAGCUUCCGCACCGAAGACGAGUAUGUGGCCAUUGAAGUGGGUGCCCGUUUUGUGCGUGGUGGCUUUCCAGGCGAAAGCAGCCCGCGAUGCACCCUCUCGUUUGGGCCCGACUCGCAGCGCAGAGUAGGCGACUACAGGCAAUGGGACCCCGAGUAUGUCCACAAGAGGCCGCGGCGGAAAAGAGGACAGGCCUGGGGCCAGGACCAUGAGCUCUACCGCAUGCAUCUGCCCUCGGCCGACCUGGGCCUUGUCGAAGACAAGUUCGAGCGGGCGAUGCGAGAAGCUCACAACAAAUACUUCCUGCUCGACACCAAGCCCCGCCGCAUCCUGCUUGCCAUGCCAUCACGCACGCCGCACCCGCUUCUGGCCACCAUGCUCGAUGUCCUCUUCACGAGCUUCCAAGCCCCGAGCGUCACCCUCAUGUCCAACCCCGUGCUCUGUACCGUUGCCGCCGGCUUACGUUCUGCCCUCGUCAUUGACAUCGGCUGGGCAGAGACCGUCGUCACCGCCGUGUGCGAGUUUCGCGAAGUGCUCGAGCGCCGUACGGUCCGCGCAGGCAGGAUGCUCAGUGAACGCAUGGCCAAGUUACUCAACGCUCACCUCGACGAGGAUGCGGAGCCGGGCGCGCCAAGAGCAGACGUCUCAUUUGAGGAAGCCGAGGAGGUGCUCACCCGUGUAGCUUGGUGCAAAUCUCGCCCGAGAUCGAAUCGUCGUACAGUCUACUUUCCUGCACGUGAAGCGCCUGUACUGGAAGAGUUUGAGGAUGCAAUCGAGUCACCGCCGCCAACGGUCACCAUACCCUUUCCCAAACACACACCGCCGACUGAACUCAGAGUGCCAUUUGCCUCGUUGGCCCAGCCAGCCGAAGAUGCUCUGUUCGCGUCUGACAUGGCUCUCAGUGAGUUUGAUGACGAAGAUCUUCCACUCCACCAUCUGGUCUAUCGAACCCUCGUCCAACUCCCCAUUGAUGUACGACGACUAUGCAUGUCCCGCUUGGUCAUCACAGGCGGCGUAUCCAACCUGCCGGGUCUCAAGACGCGGAUCCUCAAAGAGCUCGAGGCUCUGGCCCAGCUGAAUAGUUGGAACCCUGUAAAAAACUACGGCACCGCCAGCGCCCGUCAUGAAGAAAAGCUGCGUGCGCAACGAGAUGCUUUUGAGCUGCGUCAACAAGAGGGAGGGCAUGCUUGUCCUCCAACGGAUUCGAACGCUGCAUCACAGGCUACACCUGCAGGGUUCCACUCGCCGGACGAGGAUGCCAUUGAUCUGAAACUCGCGAACCUCACUCUGAAGAACGGCCCUCCCUCGAUGUGCUCUGCUGGCGGUAUGAUUCGGGGUGUGGAAAGUCUCGGGGCUUGGGCAGGUGCAAGUCUUGUAGCACAGCAGCGAAUCAAGGGCAUUGUAGAGAUUGAGCGUGAGCGAUAUCUCAAAGAUGGUUUGCAGGGAUCUUCAAGAGAAAAGGAAGUCUCGGUGGUUGCGCAGAGGCAGAGUAUGGGCGCUGGACUUGCGGCCAAGGGUAACGAGAGGGCGAGCUGGACGUUGGGCAUAUGGGCCUGA